CUCCUUACAAUUGCCCGCAGAUUGGAAAAUACACCAACGACCCUAGAACCACCAGCCAAACUAGCUGAAUAACAUAAUGCCGCGACCUAAACACCUUCUCCAAAAGACCGCGGAGAUCACCGCGUCUCCACCAGACUCUCUGGCUGAAGACCACAAGAUCGCGCGUGUUAUCAAAGCGACAGGGAACAAUCUCUACAGCGUCACUGUCCCUGCCUCCACGACUCCAAUCCUCGUCGAGCUACCUUCCAAGUUUAGAAACCUAAUUUGGAUCAAACGAGGUGGCUACGUGGUGGUGGACACGACCGAGCGCGAGCGCGACAACAAAAUAUCAGGCGAGAUCGUGAAUGUGGUGCGAGAGCAGAAGGGCUGGAUGAAGAUGCCGUACUGGCCGAAGGAGUUUGUUGGUAGGGAAGAGGAAGAGGAGAGUGACGAGGAGGAUAGCAGAGCCGGCAAGAUGCCGAGUAGCGAUGAAGAGGACUGAAAUGAUUCGGAAUUGCUAAGAGUCCUUACCGCAUUGACAUAUCACGACCAUGCUCACUAUAAAAGUAUAUACCCACACAAAGCACACUCUACUCUGUAUGCUCGUGC